AUGUCUAUUCAACUCAUAGGAUUUCAAGGAGGUUAUACUCAUGGAGUGUCCAUUACUCUCGAAGAAUUAGGAUUACCCUAUGAUUUCAGGGAAACGACAUUUACAGAGCUCAGAACUCCAGAAUUCUUGGCCAAUAAUCACCCCUUUGCAAGAGUUCCCGUUCUCAUCGAUGACGGAUUCAAUAUUUAUGAAACUGAAGCAAUAACUCGUUAUCUGGUGAAAAAAUAUCAAGGAAAGAAAAAUUCCACCGUUCUUAUUCCUACUGAUGAGAAGAAGGCCACUUUGGUAGAUCAAUUUAUUUCAGUAGGAAACUCAUAUUAUAUCCCAAUUCUAUUUAAAUUAGUCGAUGAAGAAUUAGUCGUAGAAUUGAAAGGUUUAACUAAAAAUCCUGAAAUUAUUAAAGAGGCACUUGGAGAAAUUGACAACACCUUAACUGUUUAUGAGAAAUUAUUGGAGGGUAAAGAAUAUCUUGCCGGUGAAUUUUCUUUGGCUGAUAUUCUGCAUGUUCCUUUUACUCAACUUGCUAUUAUGUGUGGUCAUGAUUUUUGGAAUGAUCCCAAACGUCCUAACGUUGCUAGGUGGUGGAAAAAUAUUAGCGAACGUCCAUGUUGCAAGAAAAUUAAUACUGAAAUCACUAUACCUAAAGU